GUUAGAUUUUUUUGGCAAUUUUAGAUGAGGCUUAGUGGGAUAAGACUGGGGAACUACUUGAGGUCAGCAUUGAUUAAAUCAAGCACCUAACUUCAGGACUUGGAGAUAUGAGCUCAGUGGGAUGAUUUUUAUUCAACAACAAGCCUUGGGCAUCUACUUAAUGUGUAUUGUUUAUGUGUAUUGCCCCAGGUCACACAUAUUGUAGAAUAUCUAGUAAUAGAAACUGGUUUCUGAACUUCCUGUCUGAUGCAUUUGCCACUGGACAAAUCUCACCCAAGGCAUUUACCACUAACUUUCUUCUUUGGUGUUUGAAGGCCUUGCAGAAAUAUUGACUAAACUGAAAAUGAUUUUUGAUUCUUUUCCGAGAACUGUAGAGGAGAGUGAUGUGGUGGUGAUAAUGUCAGUGAGAGCAUAUGUCCUGAGCUCCCAACUGCUACAUCACUGAAUUUCACCAGCCUGCCUUUCUUUGCAAUGUCACUUUGUUCUUCCGUGUGAGAUGAUAACCAUGUUUUUUCCCAAUGAUUCUGUUCUCUUCCCACGUACUUUCUUCCUGGCUGGUAUCCCAGAAUUGAAUGCUGCCCACAUUUGGAUUUCACUUCCCUUUUGCUUUAUGUUUUUCCUGUCAUUGACUGGGAAUGGUGUCCUGCUUUUUCUCAUCCGGACAGAUCGCAGCCUUCACCAGUCCAUGUUUCUUUUUCUUGCCAUGCUCUCCUUUGUUGACUUGGUCCUCUCUCUCUCCAUGCUGCCUAAGAUGCUGGCCAUUUUCUGGUUUGGUGCUACAGCCAUCAGCUCCCAUUCCUGUCUUUCCCAGAUGUUCUUCAUCCAUGCAUUUUCUGCCAUGGAGUCAGGGGUGCUAGUGGCCAUGGCCCUGGACCGCUUUGUGGCCAUUUGUAACCCACUGCGUUACGCAACCAUCCUUACACCUGUUGCUGUUGCCAAGAUUGGAGGCCUGGUGGUAUUGCGAGGGGUGGUAUUGACCAUCUCCUUUCCAAGCUUGGCCCAUAGGCUGCCUUACUGUGGCUCACACACAAUUGCCUAUACCUACUGUGAGCAUAUGGCAGUGGUGAAGCUGGCCUGUGGGGCCACCACGGUGGACAACCUCUAUGCCUUUGCUGUGGCAAUCUUUCUUGGUGUGGGGGAUGUGGCCUUUAUUGCCUAUUCUUAUGGGCAGAUUGUGAGGACUGUAAUGCAUUUUCCUUCACCUGAGGCACGUGCUAAAGCAGGCAGCACAUGUACAGCCCAUGUCUGUGUCAUCCUCUUCUUCUAUGGACCAGGCUUUCUUUCUGUGGUCAUGCAGCGCUUUGGACCACCCACAGCCUCUGCUACCAAGGUCAUCCUUGCCAAUCUCUACUUGCUCUUUCCCCCGGCACUGGAUCCCUUUGUCUAUGGCAUCAAGACCAAGCAGAUCCAGGAGCGGCUGUUGACGAUUCUGAACCCCAAGCGGAUUGAGCCUGCCUCAGUAUAAUUAUCAUCAGCUGGACUUCAGGGGCAGGGUGGCUGUCCCUCACUGGGUGGAAGCCCCAUAGCCCAGGUCGUUUACCUUGUGGAGAGGGUAAAAAGAAAGCAAGGAAAGUUAUCUUAGGUGUUUGGAAGUUAGGAAAUCCCUUCUGAGGUCUGUGGUAUUUAUAUAUUAGGAUGGAAAACUAAGAAGGGCUGAGGUAUCUCAAUUGAUCAAUAAGCAAGAAAUUUUUGUGAUACCUUCUGAAAGUUUAUGAUUUAUUUCUGUUGAUAAGAUAAAUGCAUCAGGUAAUAUGAUGGAUCUGAAUUCAAGUGUCUUAGGAGAUCAAAAAGAGAUGAGCUGGACAUAUGAAAAAAUGGGGCACCUCCCACCACUGCAGCUCUCACUCACAGCCAGCCCCUGGGAAGAGAUGGGCCUCUCUACCACCUACUUAGCUUCAGAGAAAGAAGGGUGGCAAAGCAUGGAGAUAAUUUUGAGUUCAAACUUAUGAGAGAAAUGCUUUAAAAUAUUCGUGCUCCAUCUGACUAGAAUUGCAGAUUAAGCUUCCUCUCUAUAUUCCCAGUACUUUUUCAUUCUGUUUUUGAGAUGAAUGGCCCUCUAUGAUACCUGUAGUUUUAUUUCUUUAUUUUUAGUCUCAGCUGCAAGACUUUGAGUUAAUCAUACUUGUAAGCUUAUUACAUACAAUGAUUAUUGUUCUGAUUCUUGUUCUGUUUAUUUUCUGUCUUCAUUUCUUACUCUCUUGUUCAUUUCCUUCCUAGUUCCUACCUUUGGCACUCACUCUAAUGUGUUUGUGGUAUGUCCUUAUGUAUUUGUAUAUCCUUGAAAUAUAUUAGUAUUGUUUGAGUGUUAUGUAUUCCUCAUAUAUAUUAAUGUUCUUUUUUAUUUCCUCAAAGGUAUAUGGUCCCUCCAGCCUGUUUGUCCAGGCUCCUCCUGAUAGAAAUGCUUUUCCCUAUCCUUAUUCUUGCCAUUUUUUUUUUUAACUUUUUUUCCUUUUUCUUUAUUGGGUCAAACUCUGUUCAAUAUUCUUGCUGUUUCUACUCAUCUUAAACCUCAGUUCAAACCUCAUCUCCUUAGAAAAUGUUCUUCUAAUUACAUUAAGUCAUUUGUUUUCUGA